ACUUCAACGCUACUCACCUUCAUCAUGGACUCAAUUUCACCUGCACUGCCACCUACCAGCUCCAGAACAGGAACAAAUCAACACAGAGCUCUUUUAUACUACAUGUUCUGUAUGCUCCUCAGAUCUCUCCCUUCUCCAGCUGUAACACCACUCAGGAUUUGAUCAUGUGUUCCUGUGAGGUUCACGGAAAUCCGUCUCCUAAACUGGAGUGGCGUGUCUCUGGCCAAAGUGUCAAAUCCAUCUGGGAGGAGUCAGUGAACAGCACAACCUCAAGAAGCUUCAUCUCCAUCAAUCAAUCAGUUAAGGACAAGCCCACUCUUCAGUGUGUUGUCUCCAAUAAGAUGGGUACCAAAACCCUCCUGUUUAAUCCCAACAUCUCAGAAUGCAGACACACUGCAGUACUUUAUCUGGUUCCCUCUCUCUCUGUGGUUCUCCUGUGUGUUGGUGUUAUUGGAUUUCUCAUCUACAAAGUAAAGCAAUUGUCCAGGAAGGUAGAUGUUCUACAGAGAGGAGAUACUUACGCUUCUCUCCAGCUCUCUGCUGUACAGAACUCUGAAUAUGAAACUCUGCAGACUAACAGAGAGAGGAGAGUAAAAAAGAUCAGUCCAUAAAAAUCUGAUUAUUGUCAGGACUCCUUUUUCCACCAGGGAAUCAUCAACGAUGGGGUGGAGUGAUGAAGAGGAGUUACUGUUACCACUCCAAAGUUGAUCAUUUUCUUAUAAUCAUUUUUUAUUCCUCUUAUACCGCCACUAUUUGCCAGUGCUGGCUGAUUAAAGAAUAACGCGUUGUACUUUGCAUCUGUUUAUAGUGAAUAUUUAUAUGUAAUGUUGGAGGUUAACAAGUUACUUCUUGUUCUCAUGUUAUAGCAGCUAUAAACAGUGGUUCCCUCUCUAGACUCUCUUUUAUCUCUUGGAGAUAAUGUUACAGAGAAACAGCAAAGUGUAAACUAAUAGUUGGCCAACAUUAGCAUUAGAGUUAAAUCACGUGUUUUAUAUUCAACUAGCUGAUCUAUUACAGUGUUUCCCACAGGUUGAGAAUUUACAUGUGGCGGUGGUUGGCGCGGUGUCACGAUUUCAAGGCGGAGACAGAUGCAAGUGCAGAUUUACUUUUAAUAAAGUUCAAAACAAAACAAGAACUAUGGAACUUGUGACAAGGUACAAGAAUAAAGAAACAAAAAUCAAGUGAGAGCAUAACAUGGCAAAGAAAGACAAACGUAAGACGAGGAGUGCAGUGCAAACUGUGGCUAUAUACACACAGGUGCUCGUUAACAUGACGUGAUUCAGGUGCAGGUGGUCAUGUGACUGUGAUGCAGUGAGGUGCAGUGGCUGCUGGGAACUGUAGUUCAGAGUUCCUUCUCUGAUACACAUGACACGCGGCGUGUGACGGUGUGGGUUCAGUAAUAAACUAGUCAAACAAAGGCUCAUGAAUAAACCAUUUAUUGCAAAUGAAUAACUACUCAAAAUAAAUAACUAUCUAUAUGUCAUCAUUAACUAUUAAGAAAUAAAUAACUACAUAUUAAAAUACAUUUUCCAUUUUCAAAAUAUGUUAAAGAAGAAAACACAGACUCUGAUCAGAGCUGUACGACCCUGCCAUGAGUACAAAGACGUUACUAGGAUGAAGGGAGGACAUCUCUCUUCGUUUGAUAACGUUAAAAGUAAAGUCAGCUGGUCCGCUGGUUUCUGUUCAUUAUGAACUGACAAUUACGUCUUGAUUGAAAAGAAAAUUUGGAAUUCAGAUUUUAUCUACCUGGGCGGGGUCUGAAUCCACCUGGGCAGGUCUUAUCUACCUGGGCAGGUCUUAUCUACCUGGGCGGGGUCUUAAACUACCUGGGUGGGUCUUAAACUACCUGGGUGGGUCUUAUCUACCUGGGUGGGUCUGAAUAUAGCUGGUGGGUCUUAAUCUAACUGGGUGGGUCUGAAUCUAACUGGUGGGUCUUAAUAUAACUGGGCGGGACUUAAUCUAACAGUGUGUCUUAAUCUACCUGGGCGGGUCUUAAUCUACCUGGGCGGGUCUUAAUCUAACUGGGCGGGUCUUAAUCUACCUGGGCGGGUCUUAAUCUACCAUUGCGAACCACCCAAGUAGAGCCUAUGUUUGGGAAACAUUGUAUUAUUUGCAUUAGCCUUAGUAAAACCAUAUUAAUGCAUUUGUACAUCAUAGCAAACAUCACCACUCGGUAAAUCACUUAUUUCCUAAUCUAGUUAAUGCUGUUUUACAGUUAAUCACUCUAAUUUAUUUUUCAAUCUAUAAAAGUGUAUAAAUUCUGUGUAAAUAUUUUUGAGGCCAAACUGAGCUAAAAAUUCAUACCAGAUGUACAACCGUUUUACUGAUUUCUAUGUAGACACAUGCGUAUGUUGAUAAACGCCAAUCUGCCAUGAAUUGCCUUGAUCUUUCACUGCACUGCUGAUAUACACUUCAUGACUAAAUGUUAAAGGAAUGUUUCCUAUGUGCAGCAUGUGCUAAACCUUCCUGAAAUGCAGCUCAACCAUUGCACAGUGCUGCCUACUGUAGACACUUUAACUCUUCCUCCUUUUAUAAGGUGCCAUUACUUUUGUCCUAAUUGAAAUAGCUAAUCUUGUUUGUCUUUACAUAUGAAUUUGUUUUGGAAUGACUUUCUUUCAAGUUAUUAACGUGAAGUGACCGAGUUUCACACAAUGUUCAUUAAUGCGCAACACGUCAUAGAUAAUUAUAUGAUUUGAAGUCGGUCAAUAGAGGUUCACAUCAGAAGCACAACAAAGAGCACAAAUGUUUUCCCCAAAUAGAUUUUCAUCUGUACCACAUUUCCUCUGUAACUGUUCAAUUCACAGAUUUUUGUAGUUUGUUUGUAUCCACUGUGAUAAAUGAGGCCCAAUAUUAUUAAUAAAAUGUUUACAGUUAUAAUUAUUCAUUUUACCCUUAUUGAAUUGUUUGUUCUUCUUGUUGCUUUGAGUACAUUGUACUACACAUUAUCCUUAAAACUAACUGCUGUGACUGAAUUAUGGAAAUAGACAACAAUGACAAAAAACAAAAGACUUUUUAUGCCAGAGAUAUAUGCUUUGAUAUUUCUACUUCAUGAAAACAUAAAUAUAGAUUAUCAAAGCAAAGUGAAAAUAUUUUAAUUCAGGUUACUUUCUAACAUGGCCUUGGUGUCUGCCUGGAUAGAUCAGUUAAUCAGACAGUUUAAUAAAUGCAGCAGUAAAAAUAGUUUGAUUGAGACUGUGUCCUGAAUACUAAUUGGAAGGGUGUUUCAUAAUUUGGGGACUUUGUAAGAAAAGGCUCUGGCCCCUGCUCUAUUCUAGGUACUAAUAAAGAGCCUGCACCUUUUGAUUUAAGUAGACCUGGCACCGCACUCGGGUACUGUGGCACAAGACCGUUCAGGGCUUUACAGAUCAAUAGUAGAAGAUAGUAAAUCCACACGGAAAGAGAUAGGUGAAGGAAACAAUAAUCCAGGAAAUAGCAUGGUCUGUACUAGUCCUAUAUGAGAGUUGACGGGAAAUGAAUGUGAGAGUGAGUCUUAUAAAGAGUCCUUGAUAAGUGUGUGAUUGUGAUACUGAUCGGAGACCAGUAUUCGGUCAUUUGACACUUUAACCAACACUGUCUACGGUGUACUGUGAUAAUUCCAGACAUUAUGAAACAUUUCAUGAAUGUAAUUCUUAUGCAAGUCUGAGCAUACCUGCUGAGCUUCAAUAUUCUCUGGUAUCUUAGAGAUAAAGGGGAUGUUUGAUAUUGACCUAUAGAUUGCCAUCUGACAAGGAUCAAGUUUGAGUUUUUUAAUCAGUCGCUACUUUAACUACUCCCCAACAAUGGUGAUUGUGCCCUGUGAUGGGUUGGUACCUUGGCCUCCCCUGCCUUGUGCCCCGUGUUACAACCCGCUAAUCUUUGGGAUGGGAAGCCUUUUCUGUGUGUGUAUUGUACCAUGUUUUGCGUGCAGGUCCGAACUCCCUCCCAGAGUUUCCAGCCUGCGCUAGCCUGCCUUGCUCCUGCCUCCCAUGAUGACAUCACUGAAAUUAAAGACUAAGAGGAGAAGAGAGAGAGGGAGGAUGUUGGAGGUGGUUACAUGUGAGGUGGUGUUAGGAGAGUGUGUUUGAUUCGUGUUGCUUGCUCUUGUGGCUAUAGUAUUCUGUGUUCUGACUGCUGUUCUGCUUCUGACGUUUGCCUGGUUCUGACUGUGAGUUUGGUUCUCCCUGUACCAGUUUAUUGUGUCUCUGUUUUUGGAUUAGGGAGUUAGUGAAGUACAUUUGUAUUUGUGUUGUUUUUCUUUUAGGUGAACUAGCUCUCUAAACCAAGAGUUCUUUUGUUUAUUAUUUUGGCCUUGGCCCACCCUGAAGAUACGCCUGGUGUUGGUUCUGUGUACAGUUAUAUAUACACUUGCCUAUUUUACAAUAUACCACAGCUUUUGUUGAACCUGUUGUUGUUGUCGUUCCUGGCUUCCCUUAUUUAGAGAUCAUUUCCUGUGAAUCAUGAGUUGGUUACUCCAUGUGGCCUGACCUAGACUGGGUCGUAACACCCGAGUUCGCUGAGAGAGGACAAACAGUACAGAAAAUGGAUGGAUUGUAUAUUUGGAUGAAUAUUGCAGACUUGAUCAGCAGGAGUUUGAUAGGUUUGGCCAAUCAUUAAUAAAAAUAGCAGACUGGUAUUAUUAUUAAACUUUACAAAUGGGAUCGUGAGGAAAAUUCACCGUCUUCUCUUUUGUUUGACAUUUACAUUGGUAUUAAUGCUACCAUACAAGAUUUUCAAUUGAGUUCCAGAGGAGAAAAGUACACAGAGUAGAGCUGUAAGAACAGAGUUAUUUAUUUAUUUAUUUAUUUUGAGUGGGUGAUGGGUUAGUUGGCUUGAGUGUGCUUGAGACCAGCUGUACGGUGAGGUUAUGGUUGAUUGAGGGGCAGGCAGGGAUGACAAGAAGCUCCAUUUUUGGCAAGCUGAGCUUAAGUGGUGUUCCUUCAUUCAGUGCGAGAUGUCACAAAGGCAGGCAGAGAUGCGUGCUGAGAUGGAUGGAUCUUCAGGCUGGAAGGACAAAUAGUGCUGAGUGUCAUCAGCAUAGCAGUGGUAUAGGAAGCUAUGAGACUCAAUCACCUGCCCCAGAGAUUGAGAAAAGAGCAGUGGACCCAGAACUGACCCCUGAGGUACCCCAGUUGUGAGUUGCUGAGUUUCAGACACUCCUCCCCUCCAUGAUACCUUGAAGGAUCUGCCUGAGAGAUAGGCUUCCACUCAGCACAGAGCCGUUCUGGUGAAGCCUAGACUGGAGAGAGUUGACAGGAGGAUCUGAUGAUUCACCGUGUCAAAGGCAGCAGUACCAGUUAAUUUAAGGAAUAUCACUAUAACUAUCAAGAUGUAUUUUGUGUGUUUGAUAUGUUACUGGGAGACACAUUAUUAUUAUUAUUACUUAUGCAUUGUUUGAAACUGGAAGUGACAGUGGAAAGAGAUGCACUCCUCCUGAUGUAAACUCAUGAAAGUUCACAUUUCCACUAGACUGUUUCUUCUCCAGGUGAUCUUUCCUGAACAGAGAGAUGAAAUCAGCAGAGAAACUCGUCAUCGUUUGUUUUCUGUUUAAAGGUGUUUUGUGUAGAGAAUUCUCCAUCAGUCUACCAGAGAGUGUAGAAGCUGUGAGAGGACUCUGUGUUCUCAUACCCUGCAGAUUUGAGAUUGAAGAACAAUAUGAUGGAGAUCUCCAGACAGAUCCUACAGGAAUCUGGUUAAAAGACAGCACUGAUGAUAACAAUAACAGAGUCUUUAACUCUAAAGUAACUGAAGAGAACAAGAUUGAAGGGGAAAUUAUAGGAGACCUCCGCAUGAAGAACUGCACCACCGUCUUCUACAACAUCAGAAAGAAUUACAGUGGAGAUUAUUACUUUAGAAUACAAACUUCAGGAAGCCUGAAAUACACUUAUCCUUCUUCAUCAGUGUCUGUAAGAUCUUCAUCAGAGUCUGUAAGAGUGGGAGCUUCUCCAAUCACACCCUCAAUAACACUGUAUAAGGAGGAUCAGGGGGAGGUGGAGGACCAAAAUGAGGUGGUGGAGGGAACUUCAGUGAGUCUCAUUUGCUCUGCUCCAGCUCCUCCAUGUCUCUUAAAGCCACCCACUUUUACAUGGAACUUCCUGCCUGAGGAGAGAAGACAGGAGCAGAACCACAACACCAGAUUCAGCUCCUCUCAGCUGAACUUCACCGCUACUCACCUUCAUCAUGGACUCAAUUUCACCUGCACUGCCACCUACCAGCUCCAGAACAGGAACAAAUCAGCACAGAGCUCUUUAAUACUACAUGUUCUGUAUGGUCCUAGAAACACGUCAGUUUCAGCAUCUCCAUCUGCUUCAGUGCUUUUGGGCAGUUCAGUGUCUCUGAGAUGCAGCAGUGAUGCAAACCCAGCAGUGCUGAACUACACCUGGUACAGAGGGAACGGAGAGCAGAUAGGAACCGGAAACCAUCUCACCAUCAACACCACUGAUUCUACACUCAGUGGUUUAUACUACUGUAGAGCUCAAAACCAGCACGGAGAUCACAACUCAUCUGUCCUCCUGGAUGUUCAGUAUGCUCCUCAGCUCUCUCCCUCCUCCAGCUGUAACACCACUCAGGAUUUGAUCAUGUGUUCCUGUGAGGUUCAUGGAAAUCCGUCUCCUAAACUGGAGUGGCGUGUCUCUGGUCAAAAUUCUUCAGCCACCAGUGAAGAGUCUGUGAACAAAACAACCUCAAGAAGCUUCAUCUCCAUCCGUCAGUCAUUUACAGACGUGCUCACUCUGCAGUGUGUUGGCUCCAAUAACCUGGGCAUUAGCACACAGUUCUUCUAUUUUAAGAAAGUGGCUCCUCACUCUGCUAAAGUUUCAGGUGUGGAUAUUUCCUCCGUGCUGAUUGGUGCUGCUGUUGGAGCUUCAGUAAUGAUGAUGCUGUGUGGUAUAUUCCUGUGUGCAAGGAGAGUGAAUCCUUCCCAGUCUGGACGAGGAGACACAGCAGGAUUCAUUUUAAAUGACCGGGCUGUUCGUCAGGAAGAAGAAGGAGAGUCUGUGUAUGCGAACAGACGAGUUUCAUCAGAGUCUCUUCAUUACUCCACUGUUAGGUUUCCAAACAGAACAGCCAAUGAGAACACAGAUCUUCCCUCUCUCACUGCCGACUACGCUACCGUGCACCACGGCUCCAAACAACAAGAUAACAGAAGAAUGACAAAAACUGAGGUUAAAGAAAGAGAUUCAGAGCAGAUAAAACACUCAGAUGGAGAUGAAGUCCUCUACGCACAAGUUAAACCUCGUAAAAGUGAACGGAAAAUGUGAAAAAAGUUACAUUGUUUAGCUGUUUUAUGUCAUUUAUGUAAGUAAUUGAGAUUAAGUUUAUUGCAUUGGUGAAAGAAGUUGCAGUCUUUCGUCUGAGUAUUAGUAAGUAUAUAUAAAAAUGUUAUAUAAUUUUUAAUUGCUAUAUUGGGGCAGUGGUGGCUUGGUGGUUAAGGCUCUGGGUUACUGAUCGGAAGGUCGGGGGUUCAAAGCCCCAGCGCUGCCAAGCUGCCACUGUUGGGCCCUUGAGCAAGGCCCUUAACCCUCCCUGCUCCAGGGGCGCUGUAUCAUGGCUGACCCUGCGCUCUGACCCCAACUUCCUGACAUGCUGGGGUAUGCGAAGAAAAGAAUUUCACUGCGCUGUAAUGUAUAUGUGAGAAAUAAUGACUCAUUAUCAAUGUGAGUUACAA